AUGGAAAGUGAAGCAGUACCAGGAGCUGCCAGUCCUCCCCCCCGGGCUCUGCGGCACUUUAAGCCCUCACUGCCCUCACGGGGCUCGGCUGGACGGUCCCUCACUGCCCUCACGGGGCUCGGCUGGACGGUUCCUCACUGCCCUCACGGGGCUCGGGGACGGUCCCUCACUGCUCUUCCCUGGCAGGCCACGGGUCUCGGCGGCACUUUGGGCGAGGGCCGCGACGCGGAGCGGAUCGAGCGCAUGGAGCCCGUGCGGAACCGGCGCAUCAGGGUCACSUUCAAUGCCGACACUCACGCCAGCAUCCAGUGGAACUUCCGACCGCAGCAGAGCGAGAUCUACGUGGUACCAGGAGAGACUGCACUGGCAUUUUAUAAAGCAAAAAAUCCUACAGACAAACCAAUAAUUGGAAUCUCCACCUACAAYGUUGUCCCCUUUGAAGCAGGACAGUAUUUCAAUAAAAUACAAUGUUUUUGCUUUGAAGAACAGAGGCUAAAUCCUCAGGAGGAAGUGGACAUGCCUGUCUUUUUCUACAUUGACCCAGAGUUUGCAGAGGACCCUAAAAUGGCUAAAGUUGAUUUGAUAACCCUCUCUUACACCUUCUUUGAAGCAAAGGAAGGACAGAAGCUGCCACUUCCUGGAUAUCAGUAAAGGGCCUUCUCUACAAAAUGUGACUUCUGCUACACCUGAGUGCCAGUUUGGAGGCCAGUUUUCCUUSGGAGAAAAAACUGCAGGAGUACCAUGCAGAAUGAAAUUAUAUUAUUAAACCACCAAGGGUACAUGUUAUUAUGAAAGUAUAUGUAAAUAUAUAUUUUUUUUAAAACCAAUUUAAUGUAUCCCUGUUUCUUAGGGAAUAGUAUUUCUUCUUCAUCAGACAGUGGAAGGGAACACACUGUUCAUGAAAUAGAGAGGGUUUUCUCAGGCCACCUUUUUGUAAGAUGUUUUCUGAAUACUGUGAGGCAAACUUUGCACCCAAGUGUAAAUUAAGAUCUUCAUGUAARUACAGAAGAAAAAAAAUCAGUUGAUUAAGCAUCUAAAAUUCCAUUGUUGGCUCCAAAGAAUAACUUGCAUGUUAAAUUACUGUAGAAAAAGGUAAACCCAGAUAACAAAUUAAGGUAAUCUCCUAACUAAACAAAAUUAGAAUGUAUUUGUGUGUGAGUAGAGGAGGAUAUGAUGAUUCAGGAGGUGAUGCACCCUCUCAUGUUAUUACUGAAUCAGU